UGCUUUUUAAAACAGUAUUAGUUGGGUUUAGGGAAGGGGGCGGGUAGGAUGGAUGGUCGGCUGGUCAGUUAGUCAGUAAACAGCCGAUUCCGGUGGAUUUACGUGAGAACAUCAGGCGGGAAUGGCUGUGUGAGAGAAAUUUAGGAUCUGAAAAUGCAAAAACAGUGGCCUCCGGUGGAUUUGCGAAAAACAAAAACUGCAAAAAGAGUAGCUCCUGGGACGUAUUUUGCGCUCUCCAGAAAUGUAUAUGAGGUACGCAAUCAGAAUGAGUCUGGGUUAGAAUUAGCUUGUGAGCUUAUGAAUUAGCUCAAAUACUUAACUUAUACUUAAAUUGUUACGUUUGGUUACUUGUAUAGCCUAUGGACUGAUGUUGUGCUAAAUGUGUUAAUGAGAAUUGUUUAAAAUAUUUGUUUGAAACAAUAGUUAUCAUAAAAACCCACAAUUUUGUUAAACUGCAUGGAAUUGCUGAUCUUCUAUGGUGAUCCAAUGAUUGCAAAGUGCAUUUUUUUGGUGUUUUGAGAUGUUCCUCCGUGCAAUGCAACAUUCUGCAACAAUGUGCAAUAAUAUUCAUCUUUUCCUUUAUUUCAGUCAAACACAGUGGCAACAGCAGCCCCCCAUGUGUAGACAGCAUCCCACUCCAGACGCCCACUAUACAGUCCAAACACACGGCCCGGUGCCGCAGAUCAAUAUCAUGUAACAUUGAAAGAGGAGAAACAACUCACAAUCAAAGUGGUCGUCAUGACAACGGCCCAGCCGGAUUCCACCAAUCAAUGGGCUUCGUGAGGCUGCGAGAUGCUCAGCGAUGUGCCAGCGUCCUACAUAAAGAGUGUGGGACAGGCAGCUCAUACUGAUAGAGAGACCCGAGUGGGGGAAAAGCACAUAAAAAGAAACAAGGACAACAUGGUGAAGUCUGGAGGAAGAAGUGUUCUUGUCGCAGUUUAUCUGGCCAGCAUUUAUGUUGCACUUUGUGCUGGAGCUGCAUUAAAGCCGGAUGUGCUGCUGGACAACACUGCUACCACACUGAACCACUCAAUGGCACUGGUGCAGCGCAUGGAGGCUCUGCUGACCCAGGGAAACGGCAGUGAUGUGACCUUACGCGUUCAGACUGUCAACACGGAUGAGGUGAAGGUGAUCCAGGUGCAUUCGCUGGUGUUGACUCUGCAGAGCGACGUGUUUGAUGAGCUCCUGCAGACCCGUAACUCCACCGCCAUGGUUCUCAGAGAGACUCCAGACUGCGCUGCCGUCUUUGAGAAGUUCGUUAGGUACUUAUACUGUGGAGACAUCACAGUGCGUCUGAACCAGGCCAUCCCUUUACACAAGCUGGCCACCAAGUAUCACGUGUGGGACCUCCAGCAGGGCCUGACCCAAUACAUGACUCAGCACCUGUCCAGUGAUUCCCCUACGGGUCACGUUGUAGCCUGGUACCAAUACGCCACCCAAAUUGGCGAUGUGACGCUACAGAACAGCUGCCUGCAGUAUCUGUCCUGGAACCUGUCGUCGGUUUUACAGAGCGCCGAAUGGAGCUCGGUGAGUGGAGAACUGCUGCUGUCCUUGCUGCAGCGAUCAGAUCUGGUCCUGCAAAGCGAACUGGAGCUGUACGAAGCCCUGGAAGCAUGGAUCAACCAAAACCAGCCUUCAGAUGAGACAGCCGAGAAUGCGCUCAAGGCAAUACGCUAUGCUAUGAUAUCUCCACAAAACCUGUUCCACCUUCAGAAGAAGUCUCCUCUGAUGUUGAAAUACUAUGAAUCUGUACGUGACCUGCUUUUUCUGGCCUUCCAAUUCCACGCAGCUUCGCCAAUCCAGCUCGCAAAGUACUACGACGUAAACUGCAGCCUGUUUACUCCACGAAACUACCUGUCGCUGUCUUGGGGCUCACCAUGGGUGAUCAACAACCCUACAAGGGAUGACCGAAGCUUCAGUUUUCAGACUCAACUCGGACCAAGUGGCCAUGACGUUAGCAAACGCAUAACAUGGAACGCUCUGUUCUCUCCACGUUGGCUUCCUCUCAGCGUGCGAUCCUCUUAUCCAGAGCAGGGAUCCAUGCUGCCGACUCGUACUGACGCAGGCCGUCCUCGGAUCAUCGUCACUCCGGCUACUUCAAGCCCAGACUUUGCUGGCGUCAGCUUUCAAAAAACUGUCAUCGUUUCGGCACGGAAGCAGGGAAAGGUGGUGGUCCGUCAUGUCUACAACUUCCACCAGAGCACAGAAGAAGCGGGAGACUUUCUGCUAGAGGCGGAUCUGCAACGUAGAGCAUCUGAGUACCUCAUAGACAGCUCGCUUUACCUGCACAUUAUUGUGAAGCCUCUCUAUCACACCCUGAUAGUAUCCAAAAAAUGAGAGUCAAGCUCGGGGGUGUCCAGUCCUGCUCUUGAAAGGUCAAAGUGCUGUCUAGACUAGAUUCGUCUUAUUUUGCGAUGUAGAAGCAAGCUCUUUUCUGCAAAGGUGUAAUGCUGGGUUCACAUCAAAUGAGAAGCAUCAAGUCACUUGCUCUAGUUUACUCACGUCAUGUUUUUCACAUCUUUCACAAUUUUCUUUAUAUUGAGUAAAAUUCUUUAAACUUGCACAGAAGACACAAAUUCAAAAUCUCAAUUUUCUCUCCGGAUGCAGACCUGGAGCAGUUACAAUCUGAGCUGCAUGCAAUGCUUUUUAAUGCGCACAACUAACCUCACCCCUAAAGGCUGAUUUAUACUUCCGCGUUGAGUGAUGCCUUGCGCAUAGUCAUGCAUUUAUACUUCUGCAUGCUGUUUGUAUUGCUCUGCAAUAACACUUCCGAAACACUAGCUGGCAGUAGGUUUAAAUGUUCCUCUGUGUCGAGUUUUUUCGCAGGUGUUUUGUUUUUCUGAAUGCUACCUCAAUGUACAAGUAGCUAAAACUUGCUCAUAUGGCAGUAACCAGCGGACGUGCAACAACUUUAAUCAUGAGGUAAACACAAAACAAAAGUUUCCAUCUGGAGCUCCUUCAUGGUACUUGACCCUUGUAAAAAAUCGGGAUCAUGGCUCUCAGAACCACCUACACUUGUCACAGCUACCAAGCUGACCAAUCACAGAGCUUGCGCUACUCGUUGUUGCGACAUGUAGUUACAUUUUUUGAGAGGUGUGCGUCAAUGUCGGAGUCAGCAUCAGCCACAGUAAGGGCUAUGUAAUGCCCCAUUCACACGAGGCUUCAGCAGCAACGUUUGGCAGAGGGCAUGUCUGAAGUUGGGGUUGACGCAAUCAUCAUAGCAGCGUCAGCCAAUGAAACAAGUCCUCAAUCGGCUACUGUCUGAGCUGGGUAAUUUGCAUAAAACGAUCUGAUUGGCUGAUGCUUCUGUUGGCGCUUGAAAAGUUGAGGAAUUCCUAACUUCUUCCCAACAAGCUGCGCCGACGGACCCACAAUUCAGUCAGGCAAUGCUUGACGUCACCCAUUCAAAUUGAAUCGGAAGCGUUGAAGCUGGCGCCCCUUGUGGAUGGGUCGUGACCACAUGAAGGCUGCACUGGACCAUACACAUACAUUCAAUGUAGAAGUAUAAAGUUUUAACUCUACCCCUACCCCUCACACUGACGUCACUAGCUCAAUUGAGUGCAUUUUGUCUGACACUGCAGGUCCGAGACAGCUUGCAUAAUCAAGGCUGCAUUUAGAUACCAUUGAACGUGUCACACAUUCUGCAUCAUUCGUGGCUCCCAGUGGAAAUUUGCCUUUAUUUGUGCAUUUGCAUUGACUUUGCAGUCUAUUUGGGCAAAAACUUAAAUUUACAUAUGGUGUGAACUCAGCAAUAUUCAUUAAAAUUUCAUACACUAAAGGUAUAAUGUUUAAUUUUUGCUGACAGAGGGUGCAUAUUCACAACGAACAAAGGCAUAGUUUGAUGACGCAGCGACUGAGUGUUGAAUCAUGGGAAUUGUGGUCUUCAUUACAUCCUACGGGACCUGCAGAAUUCAUGUUCAUGGAUAAGCUAAAGUAUAUAUAAAAAGUAAGGCUGAUGGUUGUCAAAGCAUAAUGAAGGCUGAUGAGAAACGAGGCUUUGGACACUCCUGGUCCAGCUCCUGUACCAGUUAUUUAUAAAAUUCCCCAUAGCUCUGAAGUCAAGUUUUGCAUGAUACAUUUACGUUUAUGCAUUCGGAAGAUUUUUGUAUUAAACACAACAUCACAUGAUGAAAAAAAUGUGUUUAGAAAAAAAUCAUACAGAAAUGGCUAGUUAUUUAAUAAGACGUAGAAUGCAACAUUUUAUUCUAAUUUUGAAAUAGACUGGUGUGAAAUCAAUUCACUUGAGUGUUAUGUAAAAAUCAAUUGUAGAAGACACGCGAACAAAACUCAUCUGUUUUUUAUGCCCAAAGUCUUUUGGUCAAACAUCUUGCUAGUGCGUGCAUGUGUGUGAUGCUGAUUUUGUCUCCAGUCAAUCAAUUUACAGUAGAUAAACUACAAUUUUCUCCUACAAUAUUUAAUACCCUAUUUCAGGGGAUUAAAGAGGUCAAAUUAAUCAAGAAUUGUUGUGGUUACUAGAAACCAAAUUGUACCAUACUGCAUAAAAUCUCACCUAAUUUUAAUGCAAAUUUUAAAGGGACAUUUGUAUAUUGUCAUGCUGUUUGACUUUAAAUACACGGUGAGGACGUUGAUAAAUAAUUUGUGCUUUCAUAAAAAUACAAAUUCUCUGCUGACUGAAUAAACAAACCAUUCUACAUACUUUGUAUUGGGUCACAAUAUU